AUGUCUGUGGUCGACCCCCAUCACCAACGAAGUCAAGCUGCGAGUCUACCUAUCCGCAAUUCGCCCCAUCAUGAUGUACGGAUCGGAGACUUGGGCAGCACCAUCAAAUGGUUAUGGAGAGGUUUGACUGCACGGAACGAAAGCUGCUUAGACGGCUACUUGGCUACUUUUGGCCUAGGGAGACCGGCAGGUCGCCUUGUCCAACGAGUUCUGAAGAGUUUGUUGGGUUCGAGCUGGAAGAAGCCACCUGGCCGAAAACGGAAGUUCUGGACUGAUGUGGUAAAAGAGGACCUGAGGACACUCGGCAUGGAUAGGCAGUUCAGGCGAGACGUAAGGUUUCGCAGAACAUGGAAUAGCGACGAAUGGAUUGAUUCUGUGCAAGCUCUCGCAGAAGAUCGAGAAGGUUGGGCAGAGCUGUGUUCAAGGACGGCACACCUCGGCGAAGAUGCGGGUAAUCGCGUCAGGCGAUGA